AUGUUGAAGUUAAUAGGAAGUCGUAUUGUCUCAUUAAGAAUCACAUUAACUAAUACGAUUAGUGGAUGGUCAUUCGUCUCAUCUUCUUUUCGAUAUCUUCAAAUGGCGCUGCUUCAACGUUUACACUUAAUUGACAUCGAACCAGAUGAAUUCGAUGAAUUAUUACUCGAUAAUUUUGUAAAACAGUUACAUACUUUAUUAAUUGAUGUGUCACCUUCUAAUUCAUUUAAUGGUCUACAGAUCGAAGGAAUUUAUCUAGUUAAAAUUUGUUCAAGGAUGCCUUUUCUAAAGACUUGUCGACUUCCAUUUAAUUAUGAUGAUAUGAAAAGGAAUUCUACAGGAAACUAUUCGCUGAAGUAUGAAAUUUCUUUAACAAAUCUAUUAAAUUUCAAUCAACUUCGAACUUUAACUAUUGGCAUACAUACGGCACAGUUUCUCGAACGUUUACUAUUAUGUAUACCAUUGAUUGAAAAUUUUUCUUUUACCAUAAGAAAUCGAGAUAAUCAUGAGAACGAUAAUGAAAUUAUAUUACCUGUUGCCAUUGAUUCACAUCAUCUUCGAUAUUUAUCUCGUCUGAACAUGCACUGUCUGGAUAGAAUAAGUUUUUAUCGAAUGACUGCACUAUUCUCUUUAGUUUUCGAUCGACUUAAUCAUUUGUCAUUAAAAUUAGAUGCAUAUAUGUCAAUAUCUGAUUCAUUGAUUAUAUCAGGUGAUAUUAUUCAACAGUUAUGUAUUGAUCGUCUUAAAUCAAUGGCAACAUAUAGACUUAGUCUAUUGUUAAGUGUCGAAAACGAUAUGCAAGAUAAAUUCAUUUUCAAUUCAUUUUUAAAAUCUCCAUUUAUUCAUCAAGAAAAAUCGAGAGUUUUGAUUCAGGAAUAUACUAAUCAUGAUAUUAGUCGUUCAUAUCAUUGUUUUAUGAUAUAUACAUUUCCAUAUAAUGACACAGUUAUUAAACCAUGUGUAUUCUCUACAAAUCUUCAAAGAUUCAGUCAAACGACUACUAAUGCAAUGAAUUUAUUUCCUCGAAUAAAUACAUUGUCAUUAUUCGGCUAUAAGAAGAUGAAAUAUAUUCGGGAUCUUGGCAAUAUUCGAAGUUCGAUAUCGUCGUUAGUACCUUGGACUUUAUUCACACAUAUUGAAAUCAAUGAUAGUGAUGUUAUUACUCAUCAUACAUUACGAUCGAUAUUGGAAAUGGCUUAUAAUGUACAUACAUUAGAUAUCUUUGAUGAUAGAGGAGUUUUUUUCCGUACGAUACUGCAUAACAAAGAUAGUUUCGGAAGGCGUAUCAAUCAACAGAUAAAAUCCUUGAAAAUCUUCGAUGCGUCAUGGACAUUACAGAAUGUUCAACGUUUCUGCAGAUUACUGUCGAAUCAAUUUUCUAGUCUGAAAACAUUUUCAUUUACUAUUUUUGCUUCAUACCUUCACUGGCGUUGGCAACCAUCACAUACUAUUGGUGGGAAAAAUAAAUCUACAAAACGAAUUGUUAAUCUCAUUCAUUUUAUUAUUGAUCAUUUACAACAACUGGUUUGGCUUGAAAUAAACUUUUCUAAUUUGGAUGCUCCUGAUACACCUUGUUUCCCAGAUUUAAUCCGACGACAGCUACAUCAAUAUUCACUUAGUCGACCUUGUCAGUUCAGAUGUUCUACCAAAGAAAUUCAAAUCUGGCUUUAA